CACAGCAGAAGGCCGCCCCUCGCACGACCAAACGCGCUGGGCUCUACGCGUGUUUCACCGACAGAGUCCGACCAGUAUUGCCGCGAUUCUCUGACACACGGGUCGCUUUUCUACGUCGUUCUCCUCUCCGGUGCACGUGCUCGCAGUACUCAUACGUAAACCAUACCAUAACAGAUUUUUUUUUCGGUCCAUAUUUUGGCCCUAUGAAAACCCGUAAAAAAACAGAUUUUUUUUUUUUUUUGAACCAACCGCGUCUAUGAAAUAAAAUCGACAAAGACGAUAAAAAAAAACAAUUUAAUCUUUUAGUAUUAGUGUUAGUGUACUAGAGCUAGCCAUUUUUAUUUAAAAACUUUUUCGCGUGUUUUAGGUUAAUUUUACACUAUAGUUAAAAUUAUUGUAUCUAUAAUAUACUAGUUGUAGUGUUUUCAAUUUAAUAUACGUUUAACUAUACCGUGUACCGCUUACGUUUUUUUUUUAGUGUAACUUACAACAUAAACAAAAAUCGUAUGCGUAUUGACUCUUUUUCGGUACAUCCUACCGUUUGGCUAGUUCCUUUUCGGUGGCUUGUUUAAAAAAAAAUAAAAUAUCAAAUUUCUUUGCACCGUCUGGUGAUUUUUUUCCCAGUCAACCGCGAGUAAUUGUAUCGACGUUAAUUUUCACACCUUUCGGGACGCGGAACACACACACAAAUAUCGGAUUACCGUUUUAAUGUAUGGUUUAUCGGUCUGGGUUCAUUCGCCACCGAUCGAGAAAUUUUCAAGUCGUCCUGAACAUGGACCGAGAUCAGGCCGUUCAUGCAUUCACCAUCGUGUGGAGAUCUAGAAGGUUAUGGUUGUCAAUGUUGGUGUCGUUGCUUCUCUUCAACACAACAGUUUUGGGAGCGCCGAGGCGCACAACCACCACUCCGGAACCGGAAAACCUGCCCUCGUUCGGUAUCACUGGCAAAAGAAUCCGAGUGGUCACCAACGAUACCGUCGUGUUACCGUGCGACGUCGUCAACAUAGGAGUAUACGCUGUGGUUUGGAAAAAAGGCAUUGCCGUGUUGACGGCCGGACCUAUUGUCAUAACUCCAGACAGGCGAAUUAAGAUAUUGGACGGCACUAACCUCCAAAUCACUAACAUUCAAACGGACGAUGCAGGAAACUAUGUUUGUCAAAUUGGUACCAUGCAACCCAAAGAAAUAUCUCACACCGUCGAGAUAUUAGUGCCGUCAAGGAUAAAAUAUGUUACUUCUGGUGGUAAUAUCGACACCAAAAAAGACGCAAUGAUUAAACUGGACUGUGAUGCAGAUGGGAAUCCACCACCCAAUAUCACAUGGACAAGAAGGAACAACGUACUACCGAGCGGUGAUAAGAACUUAACCGGAGAUACACUUAUAAUACAAUCAGCGACCCGACAUGAUGCUGGAGUAUACAUUUGCACAGCUUAUAACAACGUCGGCCAACCUGCCGAGCAGACAAUCACCGUUAACAUAUUAUAUCCUCCGGAAAUAUCACUGGAACGUGACUGGGUUCAUACCGGUGAAGGAAAUGAAGCAUUACUUGUUUGCAUAGUAAAUGCCGAACCACAAGCAGAGGUGUCUUGGUAUAGAGAUACUUUAAAACUGGACACAAACGAACGUCGAAUCACAGAAGUGCGCGGAAGCAGGCAUACGCUAAUAGUGAGAAAAGUGCAGGCUAGUGACUUUGGAAAUUAUUCCUGUAUGGCCGACAACAUCGUAGGCAAGACCAAGGCCACACUUGAACUUUCAGGAAAACCGCAUCCGGUAAUAAUUACUAGCAACGCCACUGGACGGCACAUGAACGACUACAACCUGUCUUGGACGGUAGACAGUUACACACCCAUCGAAGAGUUUAAGCUUUUUUACAAGAAAGUGCUACUGCCGAACGAGGUGGACACUCGCAAUCAGUACCAAUGGCCGAAGAAACCCAGAAACGACUACAACGAUGCCAUGCUUGGCACUCCUAUUUACGGCUACAACAGCAUGAGGAACGAAUGGAACGACGUGGUCCUUCCGGCUUUGCCAAGCGAGCAAUUCACCCACCGCAUGUCCUACAUCAUCCGCGGCUUGGAAGCUGGCAGCGAAUACGAAGCUAAAGUUAUGGCCAAGAACCGUUUCGGCUGGACCCCAUUGACCCCGGCAUUCAAAUUCACCACGGCCCUUACUCCCGAAAUCGGUCAAUUCUCGGUUAUAAACGCUUGGAACUCGCUGUACAGAGAACUACGCAACGUAUUUUCGCUAUGUUUCGGUCUUGCACAGACAGGGAAUGAUGAACCGAACCCGAAAUACCAAGCAUCCCGCGGUAGCUCAAUAUCAUCAAGAUCUGGAUCCUCAAGCAUUGCCUCCACCUCUUCUUUCAUAGGAUUCUCCCAACGCAGCUACAACAUCGCCAUCGCUGUCAUCGUCUCAAUCUACUUCACCUUGGUCUAAGCAUCUUCUCAUCAAAACCCCUCAUUUUUUCCAACCCAAAUUUCAUCAAUCAAAUAUUUAUUCUUGCAGUGGAGUGAAAACAAUUAAACAUUUCUCUUAAUAGUUAACAUGAAAAAGGACUCAUAGAUAAUUGGUAAUAGUCGAUAUUUGUACAAAUUUAAAUCAUCUGUUGGUUUUUUUCAGAAAGGGGUAGGGGUUAUAAGGGUAGAAAUUAGAAAUGAAAAAUCACGCUACUGCGUUGAUAUCCAUAAGUAAUGUCAAUUUUAUACACAUUAAAUUAGCUGUUUUUAAAGCCAAUUAAAACAAAAACCAGCAAAUACGCAUUGAUAUGAAAUUACAGUUACAAUUUAACAACCGCAAAACAUUUUUUAGUAAUUUACAGAAAGUUAGGUUAGUUACAAUAUAUACUAUAUACCGAUGGUAUUUAUGAAUAACAUAAUAUAAUAAUUGACAUUUCUUUUGGUAAUCAAUUUAAUAAAAAGAGGGGGGGGUGCAAGCCAAUAAUUUUACAAGGGGGGUGGAGAAGACGAGGAAGUAUGAUUUUGAUCCAAAAUGAAAUUCAUAAAUAAUGCCAUAUUUACUUAAAAAUAUACACACAGGCAGUGUUAUACACAAGUACGGCGGCCAAUUUUAUGUAGGAUUCCCACCGUCAGCACAGUUGUCCUCUUCAUAGUUAAUAGACGAGCGGACGGUAAACUAUGACGAGGGUACUUCUGUUGACAGCGGAAAUCCCGCGUAAAAUCCGUCACCAUUCUGAUGUAUAGCACUGCUCAUCUAAACAUUUGAAUAUCAAUGAUAAAAUAACUACUUUACUGUAUGAUGCCCACUGAUUCUAGUCCCGUGCUUUCGGUAUCUUCAUCUUAAUUUGUCCUAACCGAAUGUCGUUACCGUUUGCGCGACGCGUUCACAAUAAGUUAUCCUUACUCAUCCCUUGGUAGUUCGUUAACAGAUAAUGAUAAUAUGGCAUUCGUCCGUUUUCCGUGUAUUUUCGGAUACACUACCACAUAUUAUACCGUCGCCGACCAACUGGCAAAACUAUAAAAAAAAACACAUUAUGAAGUCUCGUCCGGCUCGUACGGGAUCCUCGCCAAGACAGUACUUAUUCCACGAGCGCUUGCGAUAAUAAAGCCAUCGCCAAUAUUCGUGGUAAUGCUGUCGUUGUUGAUGUUAGAUCCGACGAUCUUACUCGAGCAAAAUUCCAUCGACCGGAUCCAUCAUCGAUUCCACGUGCAAGAGCUUUCUAGGCCUUUUUUUUAGCGAUAGACAGGCAUUCGUCAUAAGACAACGAUGUGCAAACGUAUAUUAAACGUUGUAUUCGCGUUCGUGUGUUUUCAAAAUCGCUACUUGAUUCGACAACCGAUCGCAUUGGACUUAUAUAAUCUACUCAUUGCCGAGUGUUGUCACGUGCGUCGCCAACGUGCAAAUACAUUACACGGGUACUCGCAACAAAAGCCGGUACGAUAACGAAAUCUACGGUUAUAACCGUGUAGACUUAUUCAUCGAAUAGUCAAACGUUUCCGUUGCCCGACGAUGAACUUUCAAAUAUAUUACCGAGGCCUACGCAAACAUGCCGAAUAGUGUGAAUGCGACACAACAAUAAUGUUGUUUUCGGAUAUUUACAAGACGUGCGCUGGGUAUAUGGCGCAGGUUUGCUUUUGGUUUUUUGCCCUGUAUUAUAAUUGAGUAAAAUCCUGAAAAGAAAUGAGGGCAAUAAACAUACACGAUCGGCACGGCCGAAGAUUACUGGGCAGUUGUCACAACUGCUCUCGAGGCCGAUGCAUAUUUUUUGACUUUAAACUAUAACGAUAAUCGCUGUGUUAUUAUAACUUUAAUCGUACUAUUGCAUUGUUUGUACCGACAUUAUACGUUUUUGUUAAGGUUCCAAUAUUGUAAGGUUUAUCGAGUUGAAAUAAAAAUAAAAUCAGUAGAGUUAUAAUGUAGGAUGCACAAUUAUAAUUAGCGCGCGCGCUUCUUUUAGUAGGUAUGUAACGCACACUAACAGAUAAUUACAUAUUAUAUUAUAAAAUAGAAAAUAAAUGAUCAUCAUUAUCCCCUAAGUAUUAUACGUUUUUGUUGUCCGUUAGCAUACGACAACUGUAGUCGUCCUAGCGUCACUAAUAAUAUAUUAAUAAUAAUCAUUACUCGUAAUUACGUUUAUUAAUUAUUUAAAUAGAUUGUAAUCUGUAGCUGUAUAGACAUUUUCUUCUUUAUACUUAUUAAGUAGAUUAGAUUUGAUUAAAAAGAACCGCUAUCGCUUCCGAACGACUCGAUUGGGAAAUGGCAAAACCGAGUGUCCAUCUAGAGGAAUUUCUCAAAUCAUUUGUCUACUAAGUAAAUAUGUUUUCUGCAAUUAAAAACGUAUUUUUCAACAAUGGAUUAUCGACAAUACUUAAUUCUUUUUCAGAACACCGUUAUUAUGUAAUUAACAUUUAAAAAAAUAAACUUUCUUUUAAGACCUUAAAAAAAAACACAAUUUCAAAAAUAAUAUAGCGUACAUGUUCAGUAAUAAUUAUUUAUAAAAAAUGUAUUCUUAUCUACUUAGGGCGAAUUGCAUUGAGUAUUUCUCGGGGAACACUCUGUACAGAAUAGUAUUAUGCUAACGACAUAGGUUCACUCAGACUGGAAGUAAGUAAAGAAGUUUCUUAGCUAAUGUCAACUGGACAAGGGACUUAUAAAAAUGCAGAGUAUAUUGAAAUGUAGUCGAGAUUAAAGUUGGAGAAACUUGAUUUUUGUUGUAUUUUUCAUUCAUCUCUCGUCUCGUAAGAAAAUGUUAGGUCGCGUGCUUAUUAAUAAUUAUCUAAAGAAUCCAUGUUAAAAUGAAGAUGUGCAGAAUUCUAAACACAAAAAAGAAAGAGUUAAACGAAACAAUAUACUUUGGCACCGUCUCUUGUUGUAUGAUGAGCGCAAAAGGGUUUGGCUGUAUCGUUAGUAUUUUACUAAAUAAGAAAGGUUCUUACAACAACGAUUAUGUAUUUUAAGAAACGCUUGAAGGGUAAUAGUGAAGAAAAAUUAAAUGUUAAAAUUAUUCCAUAGAGGUAGUUGGAUAAUGAUACCCAUAUAUUAUAAAUUAUAUUCGUGUAUUUAAAAUUAAUCAGUUAUAUAUAUAACCAAAAAUAAAACGUAACAUAUAGUAUAAUAUACUAUUAACUAUUUAUUAUAUUUAAAUAUUUGAGCGGUUUGCGAUUAAAGUUUUAUUGUAAAA